AUGGUUUACUCGGCGGUGAAGUAUACGUACGUCUCUCCCCUUGAGGGGUACGAGAAUGCCCCGCCGCUGCCGGACGAGAAGAAUGAGGACGGCAAAAGCUACAAGAAUCCAACGAGUGAUACCCUUAGCAAAGCCUAUCGCGAGUUCCCUGAUCCGCUAGAUAACGGUCGUCGCGGUGGUUUUGAUAUACAUAUUUACUACUUCCAAAACAAUGAAAGCCAGACGCAGCAUGCAAAGGACCUUUGGGAGCGAAUCCGACGAGAGUUUCCUGAGCUAAGGAUAUACCGCCUCUGGGAUAAGCCGAUAGGUCCUCACCCGGUGGCAAUGUUUGAGGUUAAUCUCUUCUCGCCAGCCCAGUUCGGCGCCUUCAUCCCUUGGCUUGCUAUCUACAGGGGUCCAUUGUCGGUGUUGAUCCAUCCCAACACAGUUGAGAACGAAGAAGGGGCUGAGCGCCGAAAUCAUUCCCAGAGAGCUAUUUGGAUGGGCGAAAGGCUACCCCUAGAUUUGGAUAGAUUCUGA